AUGGGCGGGAAGGCACCCCGCAAGCAGCUGGCCACCAAGGUGGCCCGCAAAGAGCAUGCCAGGCAUGGUGGCGUGAAGAAGCCGCGCCGCUACCAUCCUGACACCGUGGCACUACUGCUGUUCCAGCAGCUGGUGCUCAAGAUCUCACAGGACUUCAAGACCAACCUGCGCUCCCAGAGCUCAGCCGUUAUGGCACUGCAGGAGGCAUGCGAGGCCUACUUGGUGGUGCUCUUUGAGGACACCAACCUCUGCGCAUUCCCCGCCAAACACAUCACCAUUAUGCCCAAGGACAUCCAGCUGGUGUGCCGCAUCCGCAGAGAGUGA